AGGCAGCGAUGCGGAUCAGAGGUGCUGAGAAGUUGGCGUCAUGAAGCUGCACGCGCUGCUCGCUACGCUACUGGUCUGCGCUGAGUCAGGCCGGGUCAAACGUCCCGCCAAGCAGCUGGAAGAUCAGACGUACUGGAAUGAAGUUGCCCGGGAAGAACUGAACAUAGCACUAAACGUGAAACUGAACACAAAUUUGGCAAAAAAUGUGAUUUUAUUUGUCGGCGAUGGAAUGUGUCCCAACACUUUGACGGCAGCAAGAAUUUAUAAACAGUCCGAAAGCGCGAGGCUUUCGUUUGAGAAUUUCCCUCACAUGGGAUUGUUAAAGACUUAUAAUGCUGAUAGAAUGGUGCCAGACUCUGCGAGCACUGCAACAGCUCUCUUCAGUGGUGUAAAGACCAAUUUUAAAGUAGUUGGCGUUGAUCAACAUGUAAACUAUACUGAUUGUGCUGCAUCACUGGACAAGACUCGCUGGCUGCAUUCUGUUCUGAAAUGGGCACAAGAUGCUGGGAAAGAUACAGGCUUUGUUACUACAACCAGAGUAACACAUGCAACACCAAGUGCUCUCUAUGCUCACACUGCCAGCAGGGACUGGGAAUGUGAAAGCAAGAUGCCAGCAUCAGCAAGUCACUGCAAAGACAUAGCACGACAGCUUGUGGAAGAUGAACCUGGGAAAAAUAUUAAGGUAAUAAUGGGUGGUGGAUAUCAAACUCUAGUGUCAAAUGCUUCAACACUCCCAGGAGAUCCUAUAGACACAUGGGCAUGCUAUCGACAAGAUGGACGUAAUCUCAUAGAAGACUGGAAAUUGGACAAAAUCUCUAGAAAUGCUACCUAUAGUGUGCUUCGGAAUGUAACUGAUUUGAGAAACCUUGAUAUUUCUGAGACAGAUUAUGUGUUAGGUAUAUUUGCCAAUGGACACAUGAAUUAUGAUGAUCUGCAUGUUAGUGCAGGUUCUAGUAUGCCAUCUCUUCAUGAAAUGACUACUACAGCAAUUAGAGUUCUUCAGAAGAAUCAAAAAGGAUAUGUGCUGGUGGUGGAAGGUGGUCUAAUUGAUGUGGCUCACCAUAGGGGUUAUGCUCGAAGGGCACUGCAGGAGACAUUGGCACUAGACACUGCAGUAGAAGAGACCUUAAAUACAAUUAAGUAUGAUCCAUUGAAGCUGAAAACAAAUGAAGCAUUGUCUGAUACACUGGUUAUUGUUACUAGUGAUCACACCCACUCUUUAUCCAUAAAUGGUUAUCCUGCACGUGGUAGUAAUAUAUUGGGUAUAGCUAAGAAGUCAGCGGUUGACAAUAUUCCAUAUACAAUACUAACAUAUUCAACUGGAAGCAAUCUUGCAUUUAAUUAUACUGUUGUAAAUGGAACUGAAGUAAUUCGUGACAACCCUGAAAACCAUGAUUACACAAGUUUUGAUUACCACCAGCAGGCAGCAAUUUUAACAGAUGAAGCAUCACAUGGAGGAGGAGAUGUUACUUUAUAUGCAGCUGGGCCAAUGGCUCACCUCUUCCAUACUUCCCAUGAACAACACUACGUUGCACACGUCAUGGGUUAUGCAGCACGAAUUGGACCAUAUGCUGACAUUCCACACAAUCGUGGUGUAUCAAAUUUGAAAUUGAAUGCAGCACUGAUGGUUGUCACAUACCUAAUUCAAUCUAGAUUCUGUUUAAUGUUGAUAAAUUUUAAUUCUGAAUGAAAGUAAUAAAUAAGAUUUUAAUUGUUAAAAUAUUCCAAUUCUCUACUUUUUUAUUUUAUUGUUCCUUUUAAUUGUAAUAAACGGUUCCUGAGCAGACA